AUGAUCAAGUCAGUCCUUGCUACCGCUGCUUUGGCCACUGGUGCCUGGGCGGCUAGACCCUUCCUCAACGAGCCCGACACUGGCAUCGAGCUUGCUCUCCCUGAUCUGGCGGUCGGUGAGCUCCCGCCACUCGAUGCCAUGGUUGGCCUCCCAGACUUUGACUAUGCGGCGCGCAACUACCUCCCCGUCGAGAACUACACCUACUACCGCAACGGAGCGGGUGGUGAGUGGAGUUACCGCAACAACCUGGAAAUCUUCCACCAGUUUCACUUUCGACCUCGAUCCAUGAUCGACAUCUCCAAGGUCAACCAGACCCUCAAGACAACCAUCCUCGGCCACGAGUUCUCCGCCCCCUUCUUCAUCUCACCCGCGGCACGGGCUGGGUACGGCCAUCCCGAUGCCGAGUUGAACCUCGUCAAGGCGGCUGGUGCCCAGGACAUCCUGUACAUGCCCGCCCUCUACGCCACCAAGACCAUUGAGGAGAUUGCCGCGGCCAAGAAGGAGGGCCAGGUCGUCUUCCAGCAGCUCUACCUCGACUCCGCCGCCGACGACGAGGUCACCCAGGCGCUCUUUGACCGCACAGAGGCCGCGGGCGCCGAUGCCAUCGUCUUCACCAUCGACUCGGCCGCCAACGGCAACAGGCAGCGCGCCGCCCGCUUCGACGUGGGUAGCGCAGUGGUCGCGUACGAGGCCUACUCGUGGGACUAUCUCGACAAGAUCAGGAACAUGACCGACCUGCCCAUCAUCCUCAAGGGCAUCGGAUCCGUCGAGGAUGCCAAGCUCGCCGUGGAGCACAAGGUGCCCGCCAUCAUCCUCUCCAACCACGGUGGACGCCAGGUCGACGGUGCCCAGUCCUCGCUCGAGACGGCUCUGGAGAUCCACGCCGAUGCGCCCGAGGUCUUUGAGCAGAUAGAGGUUUACGCCGAUGGUGGUGUUCGCUAUGGCGCCGACGUCCUCAAGCUGCUUGCUCUUGGCGUCAAGGCCGUCGGUCUCGGCAGGCCGUUCCUGUACGCCAACGUGUUUGGCCAGGAGGGCGUGGAGAAGGCCAUUGAGCUGUUGAAGACGGAGAUUGCCUACGACGCUGGCAACAUUGGUGUCCCUGACGUGGGCAAGAUUGGGCCCGAGGCUGUGAACUGGAGGACUGGCUUCUAUGGUUUUGGGGGGAAACCGCAGGGUCCCCGUUGA